AUGUCUUGUCUCUUUACUGAAUUUCACCUUUACAAUAUAAUCCUGUUUUUAGUUGUAACUUCGAGAAGUAUUCCAAUGAGGGUACCGACAGUCUUGAUGGUGGCUGAAAAGCCCUCUAUUGCUGAGACAGUUGCAAAAGUACUGUCAAAUGGUAAUUUAAAUACAAGACAAUGUAAAACUCCUGUGCAUGAAUAUACGGCCUACUUUCAGCAUAAAAGAGCACUUUUUAAAGUUACUUCAGUUUCUGGGCAUGUAUUUGAAACAGAUUUCCCUUCAAAAUACAGUAAUUGGGAAUCAAUUGAUCCAGUUGAUCUCUUUGAUCUCCCUACUGUAAAAAAUGAAUCAUCUUCUAAAAUGAUAGCACACCUCUUAAGGGAAGCGAAGAACUGUGAUUUCUUAGUUCUUUGGCUAGAUUGUGAUAGGGAAGGAGAAAACAUAUGUUUUGAAGUAAUUAGUGUUGUUAAAGAUGUUAUGGCUAAAGGAAGAAAUGAAUCUCUUUGGAUAUUUAGAGCUAGAUUUUCAUCUGUUGCACCCAAAGAUGUGAUUGAAGCUAUGAACAACCUUAAGUCACCAAAUAGGGAUGAAGCUGAUGCUGUAGAUGUACGCCAAGAAUUAGAUUUAAAAAUUGGUGUUGCAUUUUCGAGGUUUCAGACAACUUAUUUAAAGACGAAAUAUGGAGAUUUUAAUAAUUCAAUUCUAUCUUAUGGACCAUGUCAAACUCCAACAUUAUUCUUUGUUGUUCAAAGAAGGGACAAAAUUUUAGGUUUUUCUCCUGAGAAGUUCUAUUACCUAAAUGUAACAAUUGAAUAUAAAGAUAUAAUUCUUUCUCCAACUUGGGAGAGGAAGAAAAUAUUUGAUUUACAGAGUAUACAAUGCCUUUAUAACACUGUCAAUUCUACCUAUCCUAUAAUUGCUAAGGUUAUUGAUAUCAAGAAGAAAGCUGAUAGAAUUAGCAGACCACUGCCACUAAACACUGUUCAAAUGCUCAAACUAGCCUCAAAUAUACUUGGUAUUAGUCCUUUUCAAGCAAUGAAUAUUGCAGAAAAGUUGUAUUUGUCGGGGUUCAUAACCUAUCCUAGAACAGAAACAACGAAAUAUCCAAAAUCAUUUGAUACGAAAGAAGCUGCUUCGAUUCAUAAGGAUCAUCCAUUAUGGGGUCAAUAUACAUGUGAUAUCCUAGCUCGAAAUUACACUAAUCCACGUCAAGAUGGCAUAGAUGUAGGUGAUCACCCACCUAUAGUACCAAUACGCAGUGUUAUAUCUAAUGACUUAGCAGGUGAUAAUUGGCGUUUAUAUGAAUUGAUAACUCGCCACUUUUUAGCAACUAUAUCUCCUGAUAUUAAAUUUACAAAUGAAUUUGUCAUAUUUGAUAUAAAUGGUGAGAAAUUUACUCUUCAAGGAAGGAGAAUUAAUGAAUAUGGAUUUUCUAUAAUAUAUAAGAGCAAGAGUAUAAAUUCGAUAUCUAUCCCACAAUUAGAUUUAGGUAUGAAGUUGAAUUUAAAGUCUAUUGAGAUAUGUAAUGGUGAAACUAAACCUCCUCCAUUACUUAGUGAAGGUAAUUUACUUUCACUUAUGGAAAAGAAUGGUAUUGGGACAGAUGCAUCAAUGCCUGUACAUAUUCAAAAAUUAAUUGAAAGAAAGUAUGUAAAUAUUAUUGAUGGAAGAAAAUUAGAGCCUACAAGGCUUGGAAAUGCGCUAAUUCAUGGUUAUAUGAAUAUAGAUAUAGAACUAGUUUAUCCAAUGAUAAGAAGUGAAAUGGAAAGAUACAUCAGUCUAAUUUCACAAGGAAAGGCUAAUGCAGGAAAUGUACUUAAACAUACUCUUGCAAUUUUUAAACUAAAGUUUUUAUUUUUUGUAAAGAAUAUUACUUCUUUUGAAUCAUUGUUUCAACUCAGUUUCACUAAUUUGUCAAGUAGUGGUACACGUCUAAGUAAAUGUGGACAGUGUAAACGAUACAUGACUUAUAUUUCUAAUACUAAUCCUCCAAAAUUAUAUUGCUCUUUUUGUGAGAUAAAUUUAAAAUUGCCAAGUGGUGGUAGCUUAAAACUUUAUAAAGAGCUCAAAUGUCCUCUAGACGACUACGAACUCCUAGUAUUUAAUAGCUUAAGAACCAAGAAGAAUAUGAUACUAUGCCCAAGAUGUUAUAAUGAUCCACCCUUUGACAGUGCUAUUCAAAACAUUCUUUGUAAAGAGUGUCCUCACCCAACUUGUCCACACUCCUAUAAUUCAUCUUUUAUAAUGUACUGCCCAGUAGAAAAGUGUAAAGAUGGAGUAUUGACCUUGGAUUUGAGUUCAGCACCUAAUUGGAGAAUCGAUUGCUCCAACUGCAAUUUUGUACUAAAAUUUAGAGAGAAACAUUGUCAUAAAGUUUCAACAACCAAUGAUUAUUGUAAUAACUGUGGAGCUAGAAUCUUAUUAAUAAAUUUGAACAGUCCUAAAGAAUCAAUAAUAGGUUGUCCAAUUUGCCUUGAAAGAAUAAAUGAACUUAUUGAAGCUGAAGAAAACUCAGUAUCUAGAAGAAUAUCAAUACGUCCUAAAUUUAGAGGGAGUAAAAAAAACAUAAGGAAAAGCUAA